AUGAAGUAUUUUGAGACCACUAUCUCCGACGAAGUCACGCUGCACAAGAAUCGAUCAAAUCCGCUUGACGUCAAUGGACUGUGUCUCUUGUCCUUGGACGGUGGAGGCGUGAGGGGAUUAUCAAGCCUCUACAUUCUCAAAGAUGUCAUGAACCAACUCAAUGCAGAGCGGCAAGACGGCACGACUCUGAAACCAUGCGAUGUCUUCGACUUGAUUGGUGGUACCAGCACUGGGGGGCUUAUUGCGAUCAUGCUCGGACGAUUGGAGAUGAAUGUAGACGACUGUAUCCAAGCAUACAGUCAGCUGAUGAGUUCUGUCUUCAGCGAAAAGGCCAACAGUCUCCCGGUUGAUUGGUCUGGCAAAAUAAAAGCGCAAUACGAAAGUAAAAAGCUCAGGAUGGCGAUCGAAGAUGUCAUUAUCCGGUCUGGGUCAUCACCGAACGAUCCUAUGGAUGACGGAAAAACAGAUCGUUGCAGGGUUUUCGUUUGCACAACAUCUAAAGAAACACUUCAAAUUGCCAGGCUUCGGAGCUAUAGUGUUUCCAACGAAGAUGCAAUAGCAGCAACGAUUUGUGAGGCGGCUUUGGCAACUUCUGCUGCCACACGAUUCUUUGACCCAGUUACUAUUGGAGACCGGCAAUUCGUUGAUGGCGCAUUUGGCGCAAACAACCCUAUAGAAGAGUGCAUUGUCUCUGUUGGUACAGGCGACCCCGGACAGGGGGCUAUCGAUGACAAUAUUCUGAACUUCCUUUCAAAAACCUUGGUCAGAAUGGCCACAAAGCCUGAAAGUACGGAAAGGCGCUUUCUGGCCCGCUGGAACAACGAGUAUAGAGAGCACCGCUACUUUCGAUUCAAUGUCGAUCAAGGUUUGCAAGAUGUGCGAAUGACCGAGUAUGACAAGAGAAGCUUGAUCGAGUCUGCGACUCACGAUUAUCUUCACCACUCUGCCCAGAAAGACGAUAUCCGGAAUUGCAUAUCGAAUUUGGUCAGCAAAGACGAGAUGACGGAUCUUGAUUUCGAAAUUACCAUGCAUGAACAUUCCUCUCGAGCAUUUCGUCAGCGCAUCCUCAAGAAUGUUGAUUCAUUGAACAAUCCUUUCUUGAAUCGAUCAUCGCCAUGCUGGGUUGUGCCCUUUGAGAGAAAUUCUCGAUUCGUGGACCGAGAGUUCUUGGGCAAGAUAAAACGAAAACUUUUCAUUACAGGUAACCAUCAGGGAAUUGUCCUCUAUGGCCUUGGUGGUGUGGGCAAAACCCAGAUUGCCCUGGAACUUGCGUACCAGAUAAGAGACCAAUGGCCAGACUGUUCAAUCUUCUGGAUCCCAGCAGUGGACCGAGAGACUCUUGAACAGGCAUAUCAAAAAAUUUCAAAGGAGCUUAGAAUUCCCGUAUGUGACAAUGAGACGGACGAUGUCAAGGCCUUGGUGCAAAAGCGUCUCGGUGAACCCAGCACAGGCAGGUGGCUGCUGAUCUAUGAUAACGCGGACGACCUUGAUAUGUGGGAUGGAAGCACGACAGAGUCGGCUACAAAUGCGCUCAAACAAUUUCUUCCCAUCAGUGAUCAAGGCGCGAUUGUGUUCACAACACGCAGCCAUAGAGUUGCCCAGCACUUGUCGACCACCAAUAUCGUUGAGGUUCCGGAGAUGGAUGAACACAGAGCUUCCCGAGUGUUACGAAAUUCGCUUGUCAACAAAGAGCUCCUCAACGAUAAAGAAACCACGAGAGAGCUCCUUCGCCGCCUAACUUUCCUUCCUUUGGCAAUAGUUCAGGCUGCUUCCUUCAUCAACGAGAACAAACUGGACUUUUCCCGCUACAUUACACUACUGGAUGGGCAGGAACAAGACUCCAUUGACCUUCUAAGUGAAGAUUUUGAAGAUGAAGGUCGAUACAAAAGCACCAGAAAUCCUGUCGCCACUACAUGGCUUACGUCCUUUGCUCAGAUCCGGAGACAAGACCCGCUAGCGGCGGAUUACCUCUCGUUCAUGGCCUGUAUCAACCAUCGGGAUAUACCAUUGAAGCUACUCCCACCAGCUUCACAACUGAAUCAUGUAAAAUCGAUUGGAACUCUCAGUUCCUAUUCCUUUGUUCGUGUGCGGCAUAAGGAUGGCCUUUUGGACAUGCAUCGCUUAGUGCACCUUGCAAUGAGAAAUUGGCUGAAGUCAAUUGGUUCUCUGGAGAGUUGGCAGAGAUCUGUUUUCCGGGGAAUUAACGACCGUUAUCCACUGGUUAUACUUCUUGAUCAAACUCAAUGGCGAGCAGUGAUGCCUCACGCGCUUCAUAUUCUCAACACCACAGCAAAGGACGAGAAUACGGUGGAGAGAUCGUCUCUUCUCCACAAGGUUGCUCUCUGCGUCUUCCAUGAUGGUCGAAUAUCCGAGGCUCAGGAACUUGCUCUUGAAGCCUCUGAAAUUUCAAAGUGCUCUCUCGGCCCAGAGCAUCCUGCCACUCUAUCAUGUUUGAGUAGUCUUGCGACAAUAUACGGUGAACAAGGUCUCCUUUUCAAGUCGCUCAAGUUAUACGAGGAGAUAUUUGAGCACUUGAAGAAAUCUAUGGGGUCUAGUCAUCCAGACACACUGAACGCCAUGGCAAGGAUAGCCUUCCAGGCUCGCGAGGCAGGAGACCUACAAAAAGCCGAAGACGUCGGCAGUCAGGUCAUCAAACACUACCUCAAAAAUCCAGGGCUUUAUCAUGUUAACACUCUGUGUGCCAUAUCGGAUAUGGCUCUAGUCUACGAUCUCCAGUCACGAACACAUGAUGCGGCGGAGCUAGGCUUGCAAGCAUUGAAUAUCACGAAAAGAGUAUUGGGUCCUGACAAUCCUCAUACGGUCGCUGCCAUGUGCAACUUGGGAAACUUCUACAAGCACCAGUGGCGAUUAAAAGAAGCUGAGAAAUUCCAUUUAGAAACCUUGGAGAGGAAUCAAAGAGUCCUUGGGCCUGAGCAUCCAGGGACCAUCAAGUCAAUGAAAUUUCUGGCUCAAACGCUGAAACUGCAAAACCGUGACGCAGAGGCAAUUGCAACUAUGACUGAAUGUGCAAAGUUGUGUGAGAGAGUCUAUGGUCCAGAUCACCCUUAUACCAUGGCUUGUUGCUAUGCAUGGCUCAACGAGUGGACAAAGCCUAAGCGGCAGAAGAAAGAUGAUUCGUUGAUUCGGGAGAUCGAAAAAGCGGCGGCAAUUGCUCCUGCCGACAGACGAGAGUCCUGCGAUGAAAUUACCCUUAUUGGGAUGCAUAAUGAGAAGUACAAGGAGAAGCGCAUAUUGUGA